AUGAAUUUAAUAUCGAAAAUGGUUUGUGAUAUCAAGCAAGGAAAACCUUUAGAUUUUUCAUUUAAUAAUUUGAAAACAUUAUCUAAACUAAUAGAUGAAAAGCCAAAAUCAUUACGUGUAAGAGGGAUUCCCAGUCGUGGACCUAAUAAAAGAUUUUUAUGUGGAACUAUAUGGUUAAAUAACAACAAUCUUUCUAAUUUAACUGGAUUAAAAGAUAUUGUUUAUGAACUUAUUGAACUUCCAUUUUAUUUAUACUGGCUUGAUGUUUCAUUUAAUGAAGUGACACAUAUUAAUGAAGAGAUAUUUCAUUUUGUAAAUUUACAAAUAUUAUACUUGCAUGGCAAUAACAUAAAAGAUAUGACUGAAGUUUCAAAACUAAAAAAACUUCUCAAUUUGCGAUCAUUAACUCUAUAUGGUAAUAUGAUAUCCAGAAUCCGUCAUUAUCGUGCAUAUGUACUAGUAUAUCUACCACAAAUUAAAAAGUUGGAUUUUACAAUAAUUACAAGAGAAGAGAGAUUGGCGGUUUCGCCAGCUGGUACUGGUACAGAUGUAUUAGUCAAUUUUUAAGCAUUACUAACUUAUGAAAUUAAUUUAAAUUUUAUUAUGUAAUCAAAAUUUUAAUAAAACAAAUUUAUUGAAAUAAAAGUUGCAUUAGUACAGUUUGAAUAAUUAUCAGUGAAACUGACCAGUCUUCUUAAGAGGGUGACGUUAGUGUGUGAAAGGGGUUGAUACACCCUCUACUUGGCAAAAUUAAAUUAUUUUAGUUGACAGCUUUUUUAACACAUGAAGAUGCUAUAAAAAAAUAAUUAAAAAAUAGAUAGCACAAUUUAAAAAAAUGAUUUAUUUGACAAAAGUAAACUUUACAUCCCCUCCCUGAUAUCGUCCGUUUCAGGACGGCCUUGAUAUUGACUUAUUUAUCAUAUGUAUUAGUAUCAUUAUUAAUUUUCUUUAACAUCAAAGUUCAACCAGGUAAGAACAUUAAAAAAACGGUAACACUGUGGGGUCGCGG